GUCCGUUCGGCCUCGGUCCGGCCCGCAGCAUGGCCGGCGUCAGCUUCAGCGGCCACCGCCUGGAGCUGCUGGCGGCGUACGAGGAGGUGAUCCGGGAGGAAAGCGCGGCCGACUGGGCUCUGUACACAUAUGAGGAUGGCUCAGAUGACCUCAAGCUUGCAGCAUCAGGAGAAGGGGGUUUGCAGGAGCUUUCGGGCCACUUCGAGAACCAGAAAGUGAUGUACGGCUUCUGCAGCGUCAAGGACUCCCAGGCUGCCCUGCCAAAAUAUGUGCUCAUCAACUGGGUUGGUGAAGAUGUACCUGAUGCCCGAAAGUGUGCUUGCGCCAGCCACGUGGCUAAGGUGGCUGAAUUCUUCCAGGGUGUUGACGUAAUUGUGAAUGCCAGCAGUGUGGAAGACAUCGAUGCUGGUGCCAUCGGGCAGCGGCUCUCCAAUGGACUGGCACGGCUCUCCAGCCCAGUAUUGCAUCGGCUGCGGCUUCGAGAGGAUGAGAAUGCCGAGCCGGUGGGCACUACCUACCAGAAGACAGAUGCAGCCGUGGAAAUGAAGCGGAUUAACCGGGAGCAGUUUUGGGAGCAGGCCAAGAAGGAGGAAGAGCUGAGGAAGGAGGAGGAGCGGAAGAAGGCCUUGGACGCCAGGCUCAGGUUUGAACAGGAACGGAUGGAGCAGGAGCGGCAGGAGCAGGAGGAGCGGGAACGGCGCUACCGAGAGCGGGAGCAGCAGAUUGAGGAGCACAGGAGGAAACAGCAGACUCUAGAAGCUGAAGAGGCCAAGAGGAGGUUAAAGGAACAGUCUAUCUUUGGUGACCAGCGAGAUGAAGAAGAAGAGUCCCAGAUGAAGAAGUCGGAAUCAGAGGUGGAGGAGGCAGCUGCCAUUAUUGCCCAGCGGCCUGAUAACCCGCGGGAGUUCUUCAGACAGCAGGAACGAGUUGCGUCGGCCUCUGCUGGCAGCUGUGAUGCGCCCUCACCCUUCAACCACCGACCAGGUCGUCCGUACUGCCCUUUCAUAAAGGCAUCGGACAGUGGGCCUUCCUCCUCCUCCUCUUCCUCCUCUUCCCCUCCACGGACUCCCUUUCCCUAUAUCACCUGCCACCGCACCCCAAACCUCUCUUCCUCCCUCCCAUGCAGCCACCUGGACAGCCACAGGAGAAUGGCACCUACUCCCAUUCCCACCCGGAGUCCAUCUGAUUCCAGCACAGCCUCCACCCCUGUCACCGAGCAGAUCGAGAGGGCCCUGGAUGAGGUUACAUCCACACAGCCUCCACCCCCACCUCCACCACCCCCACCAGCUCAAGAGGCCCGGGAGUCUACCCCGAGACUGGAUGGUGAGGAGACCAGCAAGGGGGCUGAAGCCGCAGCAACCCCUCCGGCUUGGGCUGGCUCUACAGAGGAGCCCCCUCGGGCACAGGAACCUCCUCCAGUGCAAAGCAGCCCCAUGGAAGACUUGAUGUGCUCAGAAUCCCCAGAGCAGGCUGUCCUGGCUGCCCCCGCAGAGCCUGAUGCCUCUGUCACCUCAGUAGGUGAUGCCCAUGCAGCUGACACCAUUGAGACCACCACUGCCACUACUGCCACCACUAUUGCCAACGAUGUCACCCCUGCCACUGCCAGCCUCAUUGAUCUAUGGCCUGGCAAUGGGGAAGAGGCCUCAGCACCUCAGGCUGAGCCCAGGGUGCCUACACCACCCUCAGGUGCUGAGGCGUCCCUGGCAGAGGUACCUCUGCUGGAUGAGGCAGCCCAGGACCCGCUGCCACCAGCUGGCGAAGGCUGUGCCAACCUUCUUAAUUUUGAUGAGCUGCCAGAACCUCCAGCCACGUUCUGUGACCCAGAGGAGGAAGUAGAAGGGGAGCCGCUGGCUGCCACCCAGGACCUAAAUAUGCCCUCAGCUCUAGAGGAGGUAGACCAGGUGGAGCAGGAGCUGGAGCCAGAACCUCACCUUCUGACCAAUGGAGAGACCACUCAAAAGGAGGGGACCCAGGCCAGUGAAGGAUACUUCAGUCAAUCACAGGAGGAAGAGUUCGCUCAAUCAGAAGAGCUGUGUGCAAAGGCUCCGCCUCCGGUAUUCUACAACAAGCCUCCAGAAAUCGACAUCACUUGCUGGGAUGCAGACCCCGUACCUGAAGAGGAAGAGGGCUUCGAGGGUGGUGAUUAGCCGUGGCAACUGUUCCCUGGCUGCCUUCGCCAAGGCUGCCCACCUGCGGUAGCCUCUGGCCAGACGGCUUGCAGCGCCUGCAUUAGCAGCGGCCCCGCCUGGCACCCACUCUGGACUCCGGCGCUGGCCGGGGAUCUGUCCGCUUCCCUACCCACAGGGCCUGACUUUACAGCUUUUCUCUUUUUUUUAAAGUUGAUAGACUUGUACAGUGGACUGGUUUUCCUCCCGUUGGUAGUUGAGAUGAUGUUACAGAUUUUCCACCCCUUCCUGCCCAGACCAGAUUGUAGCUUAGUCUCUGCUCGGUCGACCAGGGUGGAGGCCUCACCCUGCGUGGGACCUGGUGGGGUUGGGGGUUUUGGUGGGAAAAUGUUGCCCCCAUCACUUUUCCUAGUUUUAUGUUUCUUGGAAAAAUAUCACUUUGUAUUCUCUAUCCAGGGCUUCAGAUAUUUUGCACGAAUUUUAACACAUGGCAAUAAAUGGCUCGUGGGCUCUGGCUCCCUGGGA